GCUCUUCCUCCUCUUCUGCCAACUUUAAAAAAAAAAAAAAACGAGCAACCAAACCGAAGAGAUUGUAAUAACAACAGUGUUGUUUAUUAGAUACGUCUUGCAAAUGAAUAAGCCGCAACACAUGUCCCAGCUAUGGGUUAGCCGUGUCGUGCUAACUGUUAGCUACCUCUCCCCUGCGUGCUGGCUCGACGCCGGAAGUAGUUUUAAAUAGCUUUACUUUGACUCAGUUACUCCACACAAGUGACCACACAUGAGCAGCAGAGUGUCUUUUAUCGUGGGGAAUAUUUGAAAUACUUCCUGCGGAGGUCUGAGUUGUUUCUCCCCCCCACUACAACGCGCCCUGCCUCCGGAUACACCGAGACCUGGUUAGCUAACCAGGGCUGCUGCCCCGCCGAGGAGGAGGAGCAGCGCGUGUCCGACGUGUCACACCUUCCCGUCGAGCCUGCAGCAGUGAUCACUGGAGUGGAUGCGGAGAGCAGCGCACACUCCGAAUGGCCCAUGCUUUCAUCACAAGAUCGCACACGCCCUUGUCUCUUGGCUUUUUGGGAAGCUCUUAAACAUGAUUCAGUCAGAUUCCUCCACCCUGGGAGCCCGGAGCAUUACUGGAGCACCCUGCAGACAACCGUCCGACUAAUCUCAUUAUAUUUCAGGAGAGGAAAUGAAGUCAAAGGGCAAAGGGAAGAAGAGUCCCGCGGAUAAAUCUGCUCCACCUCUCUCCAAAAAACGACGAGACAAGAACGAUGGAGAAACAUCUACAGCAGCGCCUCCUCCCCCCAAGUUUGCAGGAGUCCAGAGGAGAGUUGUGCACGGGAGCAUCCUGCACUACAUUUACAAGAGCACCCUGGGACAGAGUCUGCACUCACAGAUGAGACAGUGUCUCCAGGAGCCUUUUGUUCGCUCUCUGUCGUCCUAUCACUUCCACAGCGCCACCAGCCCCUUCGACCGCAGAAUCACCUGUCUGGAGUGGAGUCCCCUCCACCCCACCACUCUGGCCGUGGGGUCCAAGGGUGGAGACAUUUAUCUGUGGGACUUUGAGGUCCCCUCAAAAAAAACUCUUAUUCAAGGGAGUGGUGCAGGAGACUUUAUUGGAGGGAUGAAGUUUUGCCCCACCGACCUCACCAGAGUCUAUGUGGCCUCUGGUGAGGGAACACUGACCAUGCAGAGCUUUGGGGGCCACACGCCCACCGUACUGUCCAGAACUCAAGACUGUGGCCACGAUCACCACAACGUUUGUUAUUGGUACUGCUGUGUCGACGUGUCUGUGAGCAGACAGAUGCUUGUGACAGGAGACAACAUGGGACAGCUGUUACUCCUCGGCCUGGAUGGUCAAAAGAUUUUCAGUAACAAGUUGCACAAAGCCAAAGUGACCCACGCCGAGUUCAACUCCCGAUGUGACUGGUUGCUGGCGACAGCGUCAGUUGACCACACGGUGAAGCUUUGGGACCUGAGAAACAUAAAAGACAAGAAGAGUUACCUGCAUGAGAUGCCUCAUGAACGAGCUGUCAACUCAGCCUAUUUCAACCCGCUGGACUCCUCCAAGUUACUGACCACAGAUCAGUAUGACGAGAUACGCGUCUACUCGUCCUGUGAUUGGUCAAAGCCUCAACAUAUCAUCCAACAUCCUCACAGACAGUUUCAGCAUCUUACACCCAUCAAGGCCACGUGGCACCCGGUGUACGACCUGAUUGUGGCCGGUCGCUACCCUGAUGACCGUGUUUUCACAGGCGACCAGAGAACCAUCGACAUCUAUGAUUCCAACACAGCAGAGCUCGUGUGUCAGCUGCACGAUCCCACUGCCUCAGGGAUCAAAUCUAUCAACAAAUUCAAUCCGAUGGGUGAUGUGAUCGGAUCUGGAAUGGGCGUGACGGUGCUCGUCUGGAACAGGAACGAGUCAUUGAUCAGUGAUCGGCACGCAGAGCAGGAGGACACCUCGACCUCGGCGGACAGUCAAAGACGGCAGAGGAGGAGUCAGCCGCGCUCAAACAGGGACCGGAGAGGUCCUGCUAUGGAUGCAAAGCUGAAGAGGAAACUGGCUUCUCUAGACGAAUGUGAGACCAAAACCAAGACCAAGACCAAACAGAAACAAGCACAAAUGAGGAAGAAGUGAACUGUAAAAUAGUUCCGGGACUUAAGGAAUCCAUGUUUAUAUGCCUUUGUUAACUGUUUGCUGUGUCUCUAACUGUGGGGAUCACUUAAUUGUUAAGAAUGUUUCAGAUUUUCUCCCACAAACCUUAUAAAAUGUUGUGUGUUGUUAUGUUUUUUUCUACUGUGUGACAAUAAAAAUGUUUCCUCAAUAA